AUGGAAGAAGAUGAUCCUUCUUUCUUAAGUGAGCUUGAUUAUGACACUCAUACACAUGAAGAUUGGGAAUAUGCUGGAAUUCUUUUAGUAUUUUUAAAGAAUUUUUAUGAUAUCACCAACAAGAUGUCCAAGACUCUAUAUAUCACUGCGAAUGAUUAUUUCAAUGAGAUAGCAACUUUAUAUAAAACUUUGAAACAAGUGGAGAAGGCUUCAGAUAUUAGUUUGAAAGUUAUGGGUGCAAAGAUGAAGGAGAAGUUUGACAAAUACUAUGGGAGUUUUGAAAAAGUAAAUAUGAUGGUGUUGAUCGGUGAUAUUGGAUCCAAGAAGAAAGAUGAGCUAUGUGCGGUAUUUUCUUGUGAUAGAAAUUUGGGUAUUGAUAUUGAUAGUAGUUGGGAUCCUGAUAACCAUGAGGAGGGUAAGAAGGAUGAUCUUGAUUUGGUUGAGGAUUUCAAUUCAGACAAGGUAUUUGCUAUCUUUCUUCGUGAGGAGAAAAAAGUGUCAGCAGUGGUGGAAACUUUGAUUUGCACUCAAGAUUGGUUAAGAAAGAUUAGCAUGCCGAUUAAUGUUGAAGAGUGCAUUGAGAAUGCGGAAAGAUUUGAAUGGGAUAUGAAUAAUGUUCAUUCAGAGCUUACCGAUAAAUAG